AUGUCGGAUAGAAAAGCCGGCCAAGGUUCAUCAUCAUGGAGACAAAACGGUGCCAGACUGGGCGAUUGUGUCCAUUGGAUGCUGGUAAGCGGUAAGCCUCCUUAUGUGGCGCGUGUUAAGAAGAUUGAAGCAGAUGCUAGGAACAAUGUGAAGGUGCAUUGUCGAUGGCUUGAAAAUGUUGGAGCGGAAGAUUAUUAUUGUAGUUUCGAAUACAAAGAUGCCACUGGCGCAUUUACCCGUGAUCGAGUUGCUGAGUACUGCAAAUGUGAAAUGCCGUAUAACCCAAAUGAUCUGAUUGUGCAAUGUGAAGGGUGCAGUUUUUGA